GUCUCCUUUUGUUUUGUUUUCACUUCUUCUUAUUGGACUUGUUUUAAAUCCCUCAUAAUGGAAAGCACAGUCGACAAGGAAACUCAGACGGGAGGCAAGGACGAAGUCGUCUCAGUAGAACUCCCAGCUCCUCCUGGUUGGACUAAAAAGUUUAUGCCCAGGAGAGGAGGGACACCAAGGAAGAAUGAGAUCAUUUUCAUUUCUCCAACCGGGGUGGAGGUCAGUAAUAGAAAACAGCUGGAACAAUACCUCAAGUCACACCCUGGUGGUCCUGCAUUAUCCGAGUUUGAUUGGGGGACUGGUGAAACGCCAAGGAGAUCUGCAAGAAUCAGCGAGAGGGCCAAGACAGCUCCUGCGCCAGAACCUGAACCUCCAAAGAAACGGAGCAGGAAAUCAUCUGCAGGGUCGAAGAAAGAAACUAAAGAGACAGAAGUUGCUCCUGAAGACACAGAAGAGAACAAAGAAGAUAACAAAGAAGUUAACACACAAGAUGCUGAAAUGGCUGAAAAGAACAAUACUGAAACAAAGAAAGAGGAUGCUAUUGCCAAGGAAAAUCAAGGUGUGAAUGAAGACAAAACAAAUGAGGAUAAAGACCCAACCAAAACAGAAGGAGCUGCAUCGGUACGAGCCCCAGUUGAGAAAAUGGAAAUUGAAAAUGACACUGAGGUAACCAAUAUGGAUAAUACAGGAACAGAAGCUGAGUCCGCCAAAAGGGUCCAUGAAAGGAAGGAAGUUAAAUUGUCAGAUGCACAGUUGACUGUCAUGGAUGAUGCUAAAAGAGAAGUUAAAAUGGAGGAAAAGGCAGAAGCUGAGAAAAAUGAUGGACCGAAUCACGAGGAGCAAGAGAAACCAGAGACGGUUGUUUCCAAUGAAUUGAGCAGUGUAGAGAUGGGAGAUAAAGAGAAACUCAGCAGAAGUGCAGCUGAAACCAUGGAAGAGACAAGGGAGAAACAAGCAGCAAACGGAAACAAUGAGGAACAUACUUCGACAGUUGAAGAGAAAGGCAAGAAAAUGGAGGGGGAAGUGAAGAAGAAUGGCAGCCGCAAUGGUGAUGCUGGUGAGUCCAAGCCUCGAGAGGUUAAUCAAAUGGGGCGAGUUGAUGCCCCGCAGCCUCCUGCCCCCUCUGCAGUGAGCUGUUGAAUGUAUUCUCCCUUUAUUCUCUUAUAGCCUCUUACAAUGCCCUUAUCUUGGGUUAUUUGGGUGACUGUAAUAUUAAAUGUUUGUCGCCAGAUCUGAUUUAUACUUUGUAGCUUGGUAGAGUAGGACUUUGAUGCAGGAAGUACUAUUGCAUUUAGCUGAUGUUGAUUGUACCUUGUAGUGAUCUCUGUAGCAGUAAUCUUAUAGUCUCUUGACACUGCUGAGAUGUUCUAUUAUUAUUGUGUAUCCAGUUAAUCGCAUGGCCCCUUGUAGCCUUAUGUCUUCAGGUGGUUU